GUUUAAACUAAAUACUAUCAUGGAAAACGAAGAUUGUGACAUCUUUAAUAUUGUGUCUCAAUGGUGUACUUCCUUACCAGGGAAGCAAAGGAAAGACUCUGGAUUGACAUGAGCACAAGCUGAUGAUGAAGAUUCUUUUGAAUCGCUCUCUUGGGAGGAAUCGGCAAACAAGUUUGAAGGCAGCCAAGAAACGAAGACUAUUUUAACAUUACAGAGAGAAACAUCACAGAAGAAAUUUAGCAGAAAAAAGAAGAAUACUAGUGACUUAAAAUCCAGGAAUCAAUUAUUCCAACCUCAUUCUUUUAGAGCUAGAGAUGGUGGGGAGAUAUCCGUUGGAUCUGAGCUAAAACGAAGUUUGAAUAUUAAGGAUAGGGACGAAGAAUUCCAAAUAGAAAUUAUGAAGAAAAUUUCCCGACCAGAAAUUUGUAGAGCAUCCUCUCUUCCAGAAGCAGUCAACAAUAUUAGUAUUAGACUUAAUGAACAUAAUGGUCAUAAGGAUAACCAAAGAAGCCUUUGUUUGUGACCGAAUCUCCAGCAUUUUUCAUCCAGAAAUAAACAAAAUUUUACUGUACUAGAUGUGGAACUAAGUGACAGUACCAAUGAUUUCCUUAAGUGUGAUGAGGUACUUGAUGAUUUUGAUGGUAAUAUCAGAGAUUCUGAAGAAAAGCACAAGAAGACUUGAUUAAAACUUCCCCUUUCGUUGUUAAAAUUUAAAAGUAAAUCUAAGAAGAAGGAACUAAUUGAUAGAGUAGACCCUUAUUACUUGAACAGCAAUCAUCCUAAGCUUCGCCCUCGCAUGCUGACAUUGGUUCUGCAUUGGCUCCAAGAGUGUUGUGAAGUUUUCCAUUUGAAGCGAGAGACUUACUACUUGGCAUCCUAUUACUUCCACGCCUACCUUAGCAAGACACAGAAGUGUGAACCUACAGAUUUGCAAUUAAUAGCGACUUCGUGACUUCUGAUUGCCUUCAAAAUUGAAGAAACUGGAGUUCUCAAAUGCAAGGAAUUGGUUAAAGCCAAUAACGAUGAAUUAUCUAAAGAUGAUAUUGUCAGAAUGGAGAAACAAAUAACCAGAACACUUUCAUGGAGAUUAUAUCCAACAACUUUAAACAAUAUUUUGAUUGAGACUCUUACCUGAUGGGAUGAAUUUGUUAAUGAUAACCUCCAAAUGUUUAUUGAUCUCAAUCUAUUUCCAAAUAGUACCAGUUCGGAAGAUAGCGACUUCAAAAGAUUUAUUGCCGACAAAGUGCUUUUUAAUGUGUUCUCUAUUGUUGAGUAUAACUUCUGAUUUCAAGAUCCCAAGUAUGCUGAGAAGGUGCUAUGAAAUCAUCCUACUUAUCAGUCGUAUCGAAAUAUUACUUCGAUACUUGAUGUUCUCAGCCUUCAGAUUUCAACUUUAAGUUACAACCCGAAAUUUCUGAUCCUUUCACUUCUCUACUGAACUGCAGGACUUAGAAUGUCAAUUUUUAAAAAUAGUGGACUUAUGCUGGGGUCCUCGAAUCUCGAAGGAAGAAAUCUUCUAGAUGCGAAGUUGCAACCAGAGUCCCAAAAUCCUCAACCAGGCUUAGAAAUCAAUGGCUUAUGAAAUCUGCUUAAGGAAUCUUCCAAGAGGUCCUAUUGUAAAGACAGAAAAUUUCUGAUGAAAUCCCAAAAUUUUACGAACAUUUUCUCAAAAUUCUUAGAACAGAAUUUUUCAUGUCAAACUUCCUCAUUACUCCCCUCCCUAGAGCACGUAUCCAAAUUUUUCCCUACCACUGACCCCCACUGCCAAAUCCCCAACCUUAUAAACCUCACUGAAGAAAACCUAAAAUUCCAAAUGCUAAACCCCCUCAGAUUCUCAGAUAUCAUAAACACAUUCACAACCCCAGACCUCCCCCCACUGGUCUCUAACCCCUAAAAAUUCAUAAAUUUUCAAAAUUCCUAA